UUAAGGGCUGGCGAAUCUGGCGAUUUUCUCAUUAAAAGUUGGCGACAGCCGGGACUGAAGACCUGGCAACCCUGCAGGCCAGCGACAAUCAGCUGUCAGUAAACGUUAUGAAAAAUAUAGGUUAUAAAACAAAAACAAAGGUAUUUCUAUUUUUUAUUGAUAAAUUCCCGUUUUUUAAAUAAAUGAUCGUCUCUAGAACGUUCUAGGUAUCGAUUCUAAUAUUCAGUUAUGCAGGCUUAUUAAAUGUGACGGGUUUCUAGUGUUGAUAUCAAUUUUGUGACUGGUUCUUCAGGUCUUUAAAAGAAGAAUCAUCAGAGAUCAGUUUGUAUACAAAAAAUGCAGGUCUGAACAAUGUCAAGGUUGCGGUGAAUCUGAAUAUCAAAUAGCCUUCACGAAAUGGUACGUCGUUUUGUAUUCCGCAUCUGAUCGUCAUACAUCUGUGUUGCAGUCAUCACUGGAUUAAGAUGUCCAUAUUCAGAAGCAUCAGUCUAGAAUUGAGAAUCAUCACCUUGUCGGUAUUUCUUCUGCUGUUACACUUUUCUUAUUCUGCUGUCAUCCAAACUGAUAAUACAGAGACAGAGGGGCUUUACACGCCGGAUGACAAUGUUGAAAUACUGACAGUUGAGAAUUUCAAAGAGAAUGUGUUUCAUAGCAAGAACGCAUGGCUCGUUGAGUUCUAUAAUAGUUAUUGUGGCUUCUGUAGAAGAUUCGCCCCAGUCUGGAAAGAAUUCACCAGUGAUAUUGUAAGCUGGCAAGACCUAGUGAAAGUUGGGGUACUGGACUGCAACCGUGAUGCUAAUAUCCCUGUUUGCACCGAAUUUGAGGUGUAUAGUUUUCCUACACUCAUUUAUUUCCAUGACAAUUAUACGAACGGUACUGGUCUCAAGCUACCUCCACAUGAUAAAGGCAGGUUCGACGACUAUAAGGAAAAUAGAAUAAAAUUAGCUGAUGUACUGAUAAAGGAACAGCUUGAAGGUAGAGGUGCUAUAUACCCGAAUCUUUUACCUUAUAAUUACACUGAUUUAUCUAAAUUAUUUGAAGACUCUCCUCAUGCAAAAUAUGCCUUGUUGGUUGUGAUUCCACCAAAAAGUACUGUAGGUGCUGAAUUGACCAUGUACUAUCACAAUGUACCUGAUAUCGUGAUCAGAUAUUCUUAUGACAAUAAUACAAUGCUCAUGAAUUUGUUAGACGUAAGAGCUACACCCACCUUACUUUCAGUACAAAAAAGUGGACCUUCCCAGGUACUGACCGUGUACUCUCCUGACACUGAUGGAUUUCGAACAGCGAUUGAAAGAUUUUUGAAAUCUGCAAACAUCAGUGUACCGAAGGUUGCGGUCAAAAAGCAGACUGUUGCUGCUGUUGGAGAUAAGCUUGGACAUGAUGACAAAGAAUUACUUGAGGAAGUUAAAAGGAUUGGAGAUGCGGUAUUUCAAGGUGAUUUAGAAUCAGCAUUACGAUACAGUCUUACGAGAGAAGUUGGAGCAAAAAAAGAAAUAACAGGUGAACAGCUGGAUGCUUUGAGGCUAUACAUUGAUAUAUUAGAGAAGUAUUUUCCCUUUGGAAACAAUGGAAAAGCCUUAUUAAAGGAAAUAAAAGCAGUAGUACAUGAAAAUGAUCCUGUAAUCGGUUUAGAAGUUAGAAAAAAGGUUCUGGAUGCUGGUAAGCCAGAAAAGAAAGUAUUUAGUACAUCGAAAAAAUGGAUUGGAUGUCUUGGAAGCACUCCAGAAUACAGAGGAUACCCAUGCAGCUUAUGGAAGAUGUUUCACUUUCUCACAGUAAAUGCAGCGUUAGACAGUGAAUUCAAGUUUCCACAUGGGAAUAUAGCACUGAGAGCUAUGCAUGGCUACGUCAAAAACUUCUUUGGAUGCAGGGAGUGCAGUAAUCAUUUCCAAGAGAUGUCAAGCAGAACAAAUAUUUUCAACGUGUCGACGAAGGAGGAUUCUGUGCUUUGGCUGUGGAAAGCUCAUAACGAGGUGAACAAUAGGUUGCAGGGAGACUUAACAGAAGAUCCAGAGUUUCCGAAAAACCCGUUUCCAUACCGACAGAACUGUCCAGAAUGCCGAAAUCCGAAUGGCCAAUGGGAGGAAAAGGAAGUGUACAAAUAUCUAAUAAACAUGUAUGACAAGAGGAAUAUCAAAUACUUGGGGAGCAACAAAGAUGCCUUGGCGAUCACGAAUGCUGCAUUUACCUCUAAGCACAUCAGUAUUAACAUAGGUAAUUUACUGCUUCUGACCGCUGUUAUAUAUACCUUGAGCGGACGUCUCUCUUCAUAGGGUUGCAAAAUAAUAGGAAAUACGUACUGAUUGCAAAAUUGCAUUACGACACAUCACAGGGAUAUUUUUAUAUUUUGAGAGUUUCUAACUUAUUGUAAUUAAUGUUAUUUACUUUUUAUAUUUUUGAUUAGACAAAUAAAAAAUUGACUAUCGAAUUAAAA